AUGUCCAGCUUGUAUGAGAUACUGGGAGUAGAUCCCAGUGCAACGCAAGAAGAUAUCAAGAGGGCAUACAGGAAACUAGCUUUGAAACAUCAUCCGGACAAAGUCGAAGAAUCAGUCAGAGUAGAGAGUGAAGCUUUAUUCAAGGAAAUAUCAACGGCUUAUGAAAUACUGAGUGACGAAGUGAAAAGAAGUCAAUACGAUAUAUAUGGUGACACGGAUGGUGUGCCAAAUAGAAAUGGCCCUGGUUCUGGGGGUGUUCCUGGGUUUGGGUUCGACUUUGACGAUGCGAAUCCUUAUGGAGCUGACGAAAAGACUCCAGAUGCAGUUAUGGAGAUGGAAAUAUCCCUUCAUGAUUUAUAUAAAGGCAAGGUAAUCAAAGUCUCCUCUACAAGAUCUACCAUCUGUUCCAAAUGUUCAGGUAGUCGACUGAGAAAAAAUGCAGAUUCAAAUAGUAUGAUGAAAUGCAUGUUUUGUCACGGUUCUGGUAUGAAGAGAGCAAUGAGACCAGUUCAAAAUGGUUGGGCCAUUGAAGAGUAUAUUGAUUGUUCUCAUUGUGAUGGGUCGGGGCUCCGUAUUCAGUCUAAAUUCAAGUGCAAGAAAUGUUCAGGUUCAGGAUGUGUCGAGGAAAGCAAGAUACUAGAAUUCAACAUUCCUAGAGGAGCUGCUAGUGAAGGCGAAAUCAUACUGGAAGGAGAGUCUGACGAAAAACCAAACUAUAAACCUGGAAAUGUUAUAUUAAAAUACACUACCAAGGCUCAUGAGUACUUGGAGAGAAAAGGUAACGAUCUUUACACAACUUGGAAAUUGCCAUUAUGUGAUUGUCUAACGGGAUUUGACUACAAGCCCUCCAUAAAAACUUUAGAUGGCCGCUUUUUGAUGGUCAAUUCUCCCACAGGUAAGGUUAUAACACCGACUACAGUUUUGAAGGUUCCCAACGAAGGAAUGCCAAUCUUAGACCAAGGAAGAAACUGGCUCUUCAAACAAAACCCCAAAGGUGAUCUGUACAUAAAAAUUGAGAUUGAAUUUCCAAAGGACAAUUGGUUCAUAGAAAGAAAUGAGAUUACAAAGUUAAGGCUUCUUUUGUCCCAUGAUUCAUCCUUCCCAAAGACUGAGAUUUCUGAAGGAGAUCUCAAUAAUGCCAUUUAUGCUGCUAAUAUUGAAUUCCAAUAA